UUCGCCCGCAACGUGUACCGGCUCAUCUUCCGCCAGCGUGCGUCCGAGAUGGAAAUUAUCUGGGUCAUGCGUGUCUCGAUUCUGGUCGUCGGCAUCCUCUCGACCAUCAUGGCUCUUACCAUUCCCUCCAUCUACGGUCUGUGGUCGAUGUGCUCCGAUUUGGUGUACUGUAUUCUGUUCCCUCAGCUCCUGAUGGUGGUCCACUUCAAGCACCACUGCAACACGUACGGAAGUCUCGCGGCAUACAUUAUCGCGUUCAUGGUGCGACUGUCCGGUGGAGAGGCGAUGCUUGGCCUUCCCGCCCUCAUUCACUACCCGGGCUACGUCGAGGAGACAGCGACCCAGAUGUUCCCGUUCCGUACCAUGGCCAUGAUCAUGAGCUUAGUGACGCUGGUCGGUGUGUCCUGGUGGACGAAAUGGGUCUUUGAAACGGGUCGACUAGCACCGCACUAUGACUACUUCCGUUGUGUUGUCAACAUUCCCGAGGAGUUGCACCGCGUCGGUGAACCAUCGGAUUCGGGUGAACAGCUCUCGGUGAUGGCCGGUGGCAUGUCGCGUAUGUAUGGUGCGGCCACGAUGGUCGGAAAGGACGAGCGAAAUGGCCGGAUAAAUCCAGCCCUUGAGCCGGACGAUGAUCUCCCGGUGGCGGAAGCGCAACGACUGAUGCAAACCGCUGGCGGUGGUGGUGGUGGUGGUGGUGGUGGCGGUAGUGUUGUGGGUACUGUCCAGGGUAAUGUCGUGCCGAGUUCCGUAACGGCCCAGGGUCAUACGGCGUUUUGAAACGAAAGCAUCGGAGCUGAUGUGCUGAUGCGGAGGCAGCACUGAGCAAAAACGUUCUGUGAGAUAGCGCCCAAAAGCGUUCCAAGCAGUGGAAGCGAAUCAACUUAUUAGACGCAGUAUUUGAGCGGAGGUUCCGGUUCCGACGGAGCGACGGAGCGAGAUGAAAUGUGACGAAUUAUCAUGCGAGAAACCCAAUACAUAUCAAAGGAAUAUGAGCAAAGCUAGUAUUAAUAAUUAUGAUUACUGUAGCGUUGGAGCAACCCUAGAGCGCUACUAAAGGCAGCUAGUGCUUGAAAAGAAUACAAAAAAUAGUCUAACUAAAAACCCGGGGAGGAACCAACCACAGACAACAAAAGCAACGGAUACAUAUCAAAACAAACCAAAUCGAAGGGUCUCCCUGUAAAGGGUCCUUCUAGGAACGUGCAUGAAAUCGAUACAUAUCAAUUACGCUGGGAUAAAAAGAAGGAGAAACAUAAUUAUUAGGAUACCUAGGAACUACCUACAUACUCGUUAGUUGGGUUGCGCCGAAGUCGGUGGUGCGUUAGUUCGUGAGCAUCGAGCAGAUCCUGCGAGGAAAAGAUGUAAUUGAGACGUUUGACACGGUGAACUGUUACGUCGCGAUACGAGCAAGAGGGAGAGAGUGUGGAAGGGAGGGAAACAGAAACAAAAUCGAUGGAUCUUCAAGGCAAGAAUUCCGUUUCGUUUGAUAUUUGUCGCUUUGAUUCCUCCGUUCUACGACAGCUAGCUAGGAACGUACAAAUCUGAUUAUCUGGGUGGAUGAAGAAUGUGAUUGAAAGUAUGGUUUGCUGGUGUGCUCUAGGAGCUUUUACUUCUCCUUCUACUACCCUGCCUUUGACUAUAACAUUUUCUUCGUGUAUAUCUGACCAUUCAUCGUAUGAUUCGAAAUUGUAUGGAUGUCUCUGUGUGGAGUGUUUACUCAAUGUGAUCAGUUAUUUCGGGCUAGGAUUGUAUCAACAAAACUGGAAAAAGCUUUAAAGUUACAUAAAAUGAGUCCUUUAGAUCGAUAGAAUGAUCUGAUUUGAAUGGCGAAGGCAAACGUGCUUGAGCUGACCGAAGAACAGCUAGUCAGACAGCCUCUGCAAUGUUGAUGAGAAGUUAUCAGUGCGUCUAGUGAGCUUAAAGCCAUUGUUCUGCUAAUACUAGGGCAAAGAUUUAUACUAAUUUGUUUCACACAAAUCCUAUAACUCUGUUAUUAUCUGUUGCAAUAUAGGAAAUUUUAAUUUAAAAUCCAACUCACAGAUGAAUGUUGAUCUAAUUUAUAAUACGAUCUUCGGAACGAGGGAGAGAGAAAGAGAGAGAGAGUGUGUGUGAGAGAGAGAGAGAGAGAGAGAGAGAGGGAGUAAAAGAGAAAGAGAGAAAAAGUAUAAUUAUUAAAGCUACGGAAGAGGUAUAGAGGAAUGGUAUGGUUUAGGAAUGGACAGAGCAAUGUUGAAGUAAUGAAACCUAUAGAACUGAUCAUUUAGCCCGAUACAUAUCAUAAUAUACAUAUAAAUAGAAAUGAAUGGAAGCAAAUAUGCAUUCCACUGGUGUUAUGGGAAUAAACAACAGACACUAGGAAGAUAUAUACUUAUAAAUAUACACGAGCAAGAGGGAGGAACACGAAAAAAGAAAAGAACAGAUCUAACUUAUCGGUGCGUUGUAGCUGUCAAACGAAGAUACAGCCCACUAUUAGCGAAUCAUCAAAGCAUAGAAGAAUGGAAAUCGCGAGCGAAAGGUCCAUAAACUUCACUUCGAUUGAGUUAGUUACUUAACACACAGACCCGCUGCUAGUCGAUGAUGUGAAUUCAGACCAAAUUUGCUACUUGGACUAGUAUGAAUCAACUUACUCAAAACAACCCAUGAUGUGGUCGAAUGAUGAACUCGUCUCGAAAAUCAAACAUAUCACCCUGCGUUGCAUCCAUCGAUCGUUACCUUCCAGAACAGUCGGGUUCUCCUCAUCAACCGCAAAACAUGUUUCAUUCCAAUACAGUUGGGUAAGGCAGUUGCUAUGCAGAAGGCAAAAUUAAGAGUAGACCAUCAAAUUCAUCUCGGUCUCUCGCUGCAGAACGAUUUUCGUUUUACGGAAGAGGUGAGAUACGCGAUGAGAUUUUAUGGAAGAGGUAAACCGGAGCAGCGCAUCUAAUCGAGUAGUCGCAUCCUCACACGAACCCCUGUUCUAUCAAUGUGCCUCUCCCGUCUCCCGACAAAACGCCCGUAAGUGGUCAUUUUAUAGGGAAUAUAUACAUUGAGUCUGCCUGACAAGCGGACACUUCCAUGCUGUGGUUGACGUACGUUGUGCUUCGAGGUUGUAUGGUUCCAUUUCUGGUCGAUGUAUCCUUUCCUAACUACCAAUUUCCGGCACUGCGCAAGUGCACGAAAAACAAAAUUAGACUAAAGACAACCAAAUAACAAUGGCAAGCUGCAGGAAUACAGGAUCCAUCGAAAAAAGUACACAAAGUAUUCUGUUUAAACAGCGGGACUGCUGUAAACUGUUUCAGUCCAACAUGCUGAAUGCUGUUUAAGUUUCGUUUACCGAUCAAAACUGUUGAUGUUGAUGUGUCCCGUAAACUUUAUCUUGAAACAUGCAUUUGAUUAAAACGUAAACUACUCAAUCUUGAAGCUGUUAAACUGUUAAACCCAAAAACAUACUAUACACAAGGUAAGCCAAGUAUUAAGAAGAAAAAAAAAAACAAAUGAUUAGCCAUUCUUAGCUGUGCUGUUUUAACGCGUUCGGUUUGCACGCAUCGCUGUGCAAUUGUUGGUUGAUCCGAGCCUAACAGACCGAUCGCACGCCGAUCGCCGAUGUUGAUCGCUAGUCAUUAGUUGCUAACCUCUUACUGUAGUUGUUGAUCUGAAUGGAUUUAAAAACGAAACCCCUAAAACUAACUCGGCUGAAUCAAGCAAUUGAAGGUAACAAGGCAGCAGAAGAAGCGGAAAGAAAAGAAGAAGGAAGAAGAGAAGAAAUUACGAUCGGAGCGAUCGCAAAAAAAAAGGAACAUAUCAAACAUUUGUUGUUAAUCGUGCAUUUCGUCUGAAAUCGAAUGAACUACUCCAUACAUAUCAUUAGCACUACAGGAAACAUUUAACAAAGUAGGACGCAUGGAAGCCAUGGGUGGCCUCCAGCUGCUGUGGGGUACAGAAACUGAAACUAAAAAAAAAUACAAACUCACACACACACACACACACACACACACCGGGACUGGUGCUGGAUACUAAGUCCUAGGAGACCGUUGUAAUGGAUGUGGACACUGGCAACGUAGCAACAAAUUCAGUGCAUUCCUUCGCCGACACCACAGAAUACCGCUUCUUGAACACAAACACACAAACAGUCCAUAGUGCACCUCCGUUCCGUACUGCUCCAUGGCAGCAACAAACAAUUUUAGAAUCAAACUCUUUGCAUCCCAAAUGCUGCUCUAUGGAGCCUUUGAUGCGUUUCUCAUAGAGUUAUUUUGAACUUUCUGCGCGGAAAACAUUCAAACCACUGUAGGCGUACGGUUACACAUAUCAGUGCAGUUUCUCGUUCAACACACGAAACACCUAGUGGCUAUCAUUGUCCUGGCCUCCCGUUCAACCCUGCAGCGAAAGGGGCGCGCGGUGAAGGCGAAAGCGAAAACGGUCAAGCCCAAAGCACAGCACCGUGUUGUUGACGAGAGAGGGAAAGAGAGAGAGAGAGAGAUAGAGAGCAAGCUACGCAGCAGGGUUACUACAACCCUACCCACAACCAAACCAAUAGAUGUACAUGUAUUUUUAGUGGUUAAGCAAAGUAUAAUUAUAUAUACAUAUAAAUAUACUUAUAAAUAUAUACAUAUAGAGGGAAAGUGGGAAGUGUGCGAGAGAGCGAUCGAAUGGUGAAUGGCUUGUAAAAUAGAUCGGUUAAGUCGGCAACGCCGAAGAGAGGUACCCUGGAGACAAUUAGAUGCGAAUGAUAAGCAGAUUGUAAAAAAAAAAAAAACAA